AUGUUAGUCGCUUUGAUUGGACUAACUCUGCUGCUGCAAGUCAAUUCGAUAGCAGGACAAGGAUACCAAGUCUAUGGAUCACCUGGUGUACAGGUUAUAUACCCGAGCUCGUCCAAUGUUCAAGUCUUGGGCUCAAGACCAUUCUUUCGACGCGGGAUAUGGGAAAUUGUGAGAAACCUUACGAUUACUGCGAACGCAACCAGUCAGGACUUCCAGUUUGGCAGUUCUUUGGGCAACGGGAACAUUGCACUGUCAAAUAACCAGAAUUCCGGCAACGCACCUCUUCGGAAUCUUCUAAGAAACCUGUUCGGCCGUCAGCCCAAUAUCCAAUAUGUGAACCUGAGUGGCAGAGCCUUCAACGAUCGCUCCCAGGAGCCACAGACUCCAGUACUGUACAAUUAUCAGCCAUUUGCCAGUCCAGAGCUUGUGUCCCGCACACGGGUUAAAGUUGUGCGACAGGGCGUGCCACGUCGGAUUCUGGUUCGGAAUCUGAAGUCCAGCCAGACUCAGAUGACCAAUGUGGAAACUUACAGGAUUCCCGUUUUUGAGGACGACUGGCUGGUGAGCGGGUUAUAA